GGGGGCAGGCGCAGGGCAGGGGCUGGACUGCGGGAGGCCUGGAUGCCGCCCAGUCCUAGAAAACAGGGUUCUGAGGCAGCCCUGGGGGGCCGGGGCAGGUGGCACCCAGAGGCCUUGAGUGGAGAUGGACUUGGCAAAAGACCUGGAGAAAGAGCUGGAGGCCACAGCCCAGGAAGUGCUGGGGAAACUCAGGAGCGGUGAGCUGUUCCAGUCCAACUGGGACACUGCUGCCUUCAUCAUCUUCCUCAUCUUCCUCGGCACCGUCUUGCUCCUGCUGCUGCUGGUCUGUCUCCACUGCUGCUGCCACAGCUGCUGCAGCCGCCGCGCCUCCAGACCCCGGAAGGUGAGCCCCGGGCAGGAACACCGCAGGGGAGUGGAUAACUUGGCCCUGGAACCUUAACGCAGCGAGUCCCCAAGCUCCCCUGUCCAUGUGUCCUGCUGGCAACAGUGCCAAUGUCUUGGUUGUCCGGAACUUGAGUCUGGAGUGUGUUCUGAGCUUCCCUUCAAGGGGUGGGCCGUGUGGGCACUCACUGCUUUCUCCCCAUGCCCACCUGCUCCCCAACGGCUUUCAGCGGGCUGGACUGUCGCUCUAGGUCACACAGCAACUGCUGACGGGAGGGGAAGCUGAGCUCCAACUCAGUGGCCCGAACCCUGAGGCCGAAACAUUGUCCCCAGCCCACUCAGUCCCUUGGCAGCCUGGAGGACCCCCUCAAUGGUGGGACAGGAGGC